AUCUGCUCUUUGGGCUCCCUGGGAAGUACAGUGGGGUGAACCUCUAUAACAGGAAGCGGGUGGUCUCCUACACCAUCACCCUGGGUCUCCAGCAUUAUGAUUCCAGGUUCCUCAGCAGCCUCCGCUCCCGCCUCAAGCUGCUGCACCCCAGCCCCAACUGCACCCUGCGGGAGGAGAGCAUCGUCCACGUCCACUUCAAGGAGGAGAUUGGCAUCGCCGAGCUGAUCCCCCUCGUCACCACCUACAUCAUCCUCUUCGCCUACAUCUACUUCUCCACACGGAAGAUCGACAUGGUGAAGUCCAAGUGGGGCCUGGCGCUGGCGGCCGUGGUGACGGUGCUCAGCUCCCUGCUCAUGUCCGUGGGGCUCUGCACCCUCUUCGGCCUGACACCGACCCUGAACGGAGGAGAGAUAUUUCCAUACUUGGUUGUAGUGAUUGGCCUGGAGAACGUGUUGGUCCUCACCAAGUCCGUUGUCUCUACGCCCGUGGACCUGGAGGUGAAGCUGCGCAUUGCCCAAGGCCUGAGCAACGAGAGCUGGUCCAUCAUGAAGAACAUGGCCACAGAGCUGGGCAUCAUCCUGAUUGGGUACUUCACCCUCGUCCCAGCCAUCCAGGAGUUCUGCCUCUUUGCUGUGGUGGGCCUGGUGUCUGACUUCUUCCUGCAGAUGUUCUUCUUCACCACCGUGCUGUCCAUCGACAUUCGCCGCAUGGAG